ACUUCCCACAGCCGCUUCCCCUUCCCCAGCAGCGGGUUCUCGGUGGGGAGAGGCUCUCGCCUUCCCACGGCAGCUCUCGCACCAUGCUGGUGUUUCUCCGCCAUCCAGGGCAGCUCCUGGCCGUGGCGAUGCUCGUGCUGCAGCCGGCUGCGAGUCUCGAGGGUCAGUGUCCCAUCCCAGAUAUCCCACAUGGACAGCUGAAGCCUGCACAGAACAUCACCUACGGCAGCACAGCCACGCUGGAGUGUGAUGCUGGCUACAUCCCCAUGGGUACCAGCUACAGCUUCGUGGGUACCAGCACCCUGCGGUGCAUGGCCAGCGGCAGAUGGUACCCACGGACACCCGCCUGCACCCUAGGUCACUGUCCCUACCCUCCUGCCAUCGACUACGCGGACCGAAACCCUCAGCGCGAGUUUCCAGUGGGGACAAAUGUGAUCUACUUCUGCAGAUCUGGUUUCACUUUGCUCCCUGACGUCUCUCCAGUAACUACUUGCCUUAAAAAUUUCACAUGGUCCGCAAUCCCAAAGCUUUGCCAGAAGGUGCAGUGUCCCAGCCCUGUUAUCCUCCACGGGAGAGAGCUCAGCCCCGGGAAAGCCGAAUACACCUUUGGGCAGCAGGUGGAAUUUCAGUGUGACCUUGGCUACGUGCUGAGGGGCGGGCAGAGGAUCCAGUGCUCGUCUGAUGGGAUGUGGAGACCCCCCGUGCCGUACUGCGACAAGGUCUGUGGUCCCCCUCCAAAAAUUGCCAACGGGCAGCACUCUGGCUUGGGACAGGUGCAGUUCCCCUACGGCACAGAGGUGAAGUACAGCUGUGCCGAGGGGCUGUCCCUCAUUGGCGACGAGUCCAUCUACUGCACCUCUGAGGAUGGGGUGAACCUGAUGUGGAGUGGACCAGCCCCGGAGUGCAGGGUGGUCCGGUGCCCCAAGCCCGUGGUGCAGAGGGGCAGGAUGACUCCGCAGAGGUUCACCUUUCCCUACGGGGCGGCUGUGCGGUUCUCCUGUGACGAAGGCUUUGUGCUGCAGGGCGAUGCCGAGAGCCAGUGCCUGGCCGAUGGCACCUGGCACCCUCCCCUGCCCACUUGCCAGCCAGUUCUGUGUCCACAACCACAAGUGCCCAACGGAAGGCUGAAAAGCACUUUGGAUGGUAAAGCAUGGUACCCAACAAAUGCGACUGUUACUUUCGAAUGCCUUCAGGGAUACCACUUUUCAAACAAUGGAAACACAUCUUCAGAAGACUCCAGGACAGCCACGUGUUUGCCUGAUGGCAACUGGACGCCGUUGCCCACGUGUAAGGAGGAAGGUGAUGCUGAUGUAUGUGAAGAGGUUCAUUACAUUAAGACGACCUUUGAAUGCGGUGUGCCUAUAGCAGAAGCGAAAACUCUGCUGGAAAUACAAAAACUGUUUCUGGAGAUUAAAAAACUAAAGGUGCAACUAGGAAACUUGAAUUAGUGAGUCCUGUAACACAUUGUAAUGAUCACCUUUCUUUUGAUAGUCACAGUAUCUAUAAGAAGCUCUCGGUGAAUUUAUGGUUUGUGUUUGCACGCCUAUAGCCAGAGAAAUAGUAACCAAUGUGUGGGGAGAUUGCUUUUGUCAUGCUGGAUGCUGCAGCAUAGAGGGAUUUUUGCUCUUUUCCAUAAAUCUGACACGGUUGAUUUGCUAUUUAACAGACGUGCUAUUUCACAUUUUAUAUUAGGAAGAAGGAAAAAAAAAAACACACCAACAAAUCAAGCAGCAAAGAUUGUUCUUAUUAUUCAAUAAAUGAUGAUUAGUUUGUCAGUCUGUGAUGCAGCAAUUAUUCCUGCCCUGCAGGAUUACAAUAAAGAUAGAGGUGUAA